AUGAAGCCGUGGCCCCUCCUCGCGGCGAGCUGGGCCGUACUGGCGCCGCCAUCGCCCACGUCGGUGGGCGUCGCGCAGGUCACUGCGACAGGCAAUGCCUCGUGGCCGGCGCCGACGGGCUUUGCGGAUCUCCUUGGCCCACAGGUGGUCGUCGACGCCGCGCAGCCAGCCCCGGCCCCGGCAGACAGCGCCGUCACCCCGCCCCUCCCGCCGCUCAUCAUCGAAGUCGCGCCCGACGACCCCAACGCCCCGCCCGACGCCGACCCCGCCACCACCCCACCCGGCACCUCCCCCGCCUCCCCGCUCGACAUCGCAAUGGACCCCCUCGUGACCGUCACCUCGGGCCUCAACGACUGGACCUGCAAGGCGACGCCCGGGCGCGACCCCGUCAUCCUGCUGCACGGGCUCGGCGUGCCCGGCGCAAUAAGCUUCAUCACCAAGGGGCCGUUGAUCGCGUCGCAGGGAUACUGCGUCUUCACGCCCACGUACGGGUGGCAUGUGUUUCCCUGCUGGGGCUCGAUGCGUAAAAGCAGCAAGGAGAUCGACGGUAUCGUCGACCGCGUGCGCGCGAGCACCGGCGCGUCAAAGGUGCACUUGAUUGGCCACAGCUCCGGCACGACAGUCGGCGCGUAUUACCUCAAGUUUGACGGCGGCGCCGCCAAGGUCAACGCGUUCGUCGCUUUCGGGUCGAAAUUCCGCGGCACGACGCUGCUCGGGCUCAGCCGCGUCGUGCGCGCGUUGCCUGGCGUCGGCGGGCUGCUGUUCAAGGUCUGCCCGUCGUGCGAGGAGAUCUUGCCCGGCUCGCCGUUCCUGUCGGACCUCGCGGCCGGCGGGCUGACUGUCCCCGGGCCGGCGUACACGAGUAUCGUGAGCCGCCUCGAUACGGUCGUCCUGCCAUACACUAGUGGCGUGAUCGCCGAGCCGGGCGCCACGGACGUGGUCAUACAGGACCACUGCCCCAACGACCGGGUGCGGCAUAUCCUCCAGGCUGUCGACCCAAACGUCACCAACUUGAUCUUGUGGGCGCUGGCGGGGCGCGUUGGCCCCAUGCCUGCGUGCCUACCCUUCCGGAUCCCGGGGCGCAGUAUCGUCAACACGACGACUGGCAACGAUCCUCUCCGCAGGAUUGUGAUUAUCGUUGCUGGCGACCGGGCGAGCGAGACCCUCGAUUGA